UCAGACAGUCUGAUUACUUUAGCAGUGCGCUGCAGUUUUCCGGAUUUGUGGCGCUGGAAGUGGGUUUCCAAUCUGCGACCAAUCAUUGACCAGGAUAGUAAAUGAAAGAAGAGAAAAGGAGGGCAGCCAGAGGGGGGGACUUUUUCCUUUCUUUUUUUUCGACAGAGGGAGGGGUGUUGUGGAGAAAUGCUCGGCGGACCGUGAAGCGUUACAGCCAGAAGCAGGACAAAGACGCGCGUAGCGGGCAGCAUGAUAGAACUAUGUCUUCAAAAACAACUCUGGGAAGCGUGGAUGGAUGCUAAAAGUUAUUUUUUUGUGUGAAACGAACCGAGGAGUUGUGAGAAACAUUAGUACUAAGAGCGGAACUCUUGCUGACUUUGGAUAGCUCUCAGACUGCAGCCCGGAGGAUCCUGGUUUGGAAAGCGCACACUUCCAGAGAUGACUGUUUCUGCGCUCUUUCUCUACUUCGCAGCCGCUCCUGGUUGUUUCUGCUGUUACGAAGCCCAACAACAGGAAGCAAGACCAACACGGGUGCAGGUUUGUGGAACAUUUGUACAAACACCUCGUUGGUAACAAAACCUCUGUAGGACCUUCGCUUGCUUGACUUGUUCCGAUCCUGAUGUGCACGUCACACGCCUCAAACUUCAGCCAAGCAUGAGAUGUCAGUGCAGCUCGCUGGCGCUUCUCCUGUGGCUGCUGGUGGCUUUGGACGCCCAGCUAGUCUGCUGGCAGGCGAUCCUGAAGUGCCACAACGAGCCCGAGUGUGAGCUCGCCUACAACCAGUACUUGGCGGCAUGCGAGGGGAACAUCCACGGGACGAGGAGCCAGUGCCCGAGCCACUGCAUCCAGGCGCUGAUCCGGCUCAACAACACCCGCAGCGGGCCGGAUCUGGAGACCUGUGACUGCGUUCAGGACCCGAACUGCCUCGGCGCGAAGCGGGCCAUAGAGCCGUGCCUGCCCCGCAGACACCCCAGCGAUGCAGGGGGCAUCGGCUGCAUGGAGGCCCGCCAGCGGUGUGAGGAGGACAGCAGCUGCCACGCCUCCCUUUCGGCCUACCUGUCGUACUGCGGGCAGCUGUUCAACGGCAGGCGGUGCACCUCCAGGUGCAAGGCCACCAUCCAGCAGAUGCUGUUCAUCCCGAACGGCAUGCUGCUGAACCGCUGCGUUUGUGACGGCGUGGAGAGACCUUUCUGCGAGGUGGUCAAGGAGAACAUGAGCAAGCUUUGUUCCAUUGGGGACCACAGCGUUGCUUCUGACCAACCUGAAGUUGAGGAGAUCUACGACUAUGAGGAUGAUGAUCGAAAAGUUGACAGAGAGGAGGGUUACACUGACAGCUCCUCUGCGUGCCAGAGGUUACCCAGCUUCAUGAUGUUUGUCUUUCUAUGGAUAUUAUUCUGAGGAGAUGGAUUGCCGACUGGAAUGUUUGGAUUUAUCAAUCAAAUGGAGAUCUUUUUCUUUGAGAGUGCAAACCCCAUGAUGAAGGUUACGGCUGGGCUUCUCUGACAUAGAGCGCAGAAGUGUUGUCAAGAAUACCUUAACUGUUUUCUUUUACGUGAUAGGAAAUGACCUGAAGCAGACUUUGUUGGGAACAUUUUGAGUGCCUUUAAACAGCUCUUGUUUACUUGGUUAGCUUUCAUUGCUUCUUAAAGUGUGGCUUUAUUAAGACUUUAGGCAAACACUGGAGCCAUCCAGCCUCUGUUUGCUCUCCUCUCCAUUGCAGAGGCCUUAGCAUUGUUGCAGUAACCACACUUCAAAUAUUUGUGGGAACCCGGACAGGCGAGGGUGUGGGUCUGACUACUUAAAUUAACUGAAGUGCUUCUCUAGCACUCCUGCUUGUCCCCCUCCCCCAUCCGAGAUUGUUUUAUUGAACUCUUCCUGACUGUUCCCCACCCCUCUCUUCCUCCUCUCUGCAGCCUGGAUCCCCUAAAAGCUUGUAAAAGCUCCCUGACGUUAUUAUUGCUUUCACACGGCCACAACACUUUGAGAAAAUCUGUCAGCUGCCAAAAUGGGUGAACAUAAAAUGUCUGCAUUUUGUUCUCAGCAUUUGCUGACGUCAUCAAAUAGCAGAAUUUUCUUUUAACCCAAUUUGUAGUUUAAAGCACAAGGAAAUGUCUUCAUUUAGUGGAAAACAUGACAUUUAAACACAAGGGGAGUAAAAUCAUUAUCUCAAACACACACUUCACAAUUAUAUUAAAAAGUUAUGCAAAUAUAACAUUUUAAAAAAUGAGCAAAUGAGACAUCCAGGCACCGUGGGGAGUUAAAUGUGUGUUUCUGUGUCUUAUUUAAGGAUAUCUCAAUAGAUUUUUUGUCACCAGUUUCUUUUGUAAAUAUCUGUAAACAGGCAAAGCCCAAACUAGCACAAGAGAUUGUUACUUGCACAAAUUCACAGUGAGGUUUAUUGCUUUCAAACACGUGCCUUGAAUGCUUUUUUACAGUACUAGUUUUAGGCUGAGUGAAUUAGCCACGCACCACAUUUAAACCGAGGUGCUAAUGUGACCCAUUUAAAUGUCUGCACCAAUAGAAAACGUGAUUCAAACCAGCCGUUUUUUCACUCUCAUCCCAUUCUCUUCUUUGUCCGCCUUAUUUUUAGUCAUGGAGGGAAAGUUGCAGUGAUGCCGCCAUCUUUGCCACUUGAAAUUAAAUCUUGAACCAUGUUGUAUGUUAAGUUAUAAAUCUAGAAUAUGAAGAACAUGUAUCUAUUUUACAAUUGUGUGCAGCAAAAAAGGUUUCACCUACAUCCAGAUAGGAUAAACACACAAAUGUAGAUCAGAUUCACUUUGUAGAAGCCAGACAGUUUUGCAUUGUUUCUAGAAAAGUAGCAAUAACAUGAAUUCAGAGAAAGCUCUUCCACAUGGAGGUUUUAUAAUAAAAUAUGUAUGACCUAAA